GUCAUUUGUACAGGUUUAGGUUAGGUACAGGGUAAUUUCAUAGAGAAAUAAAAUUCUUGAGCUCGUGAUGAAAAAUGUCGAAAUGCCACAUAACGUGGGAGAGCAAAAUUCUCAGACGGCACAUGAGAAUAGUACAUGUACAUCUGAUACAGGACCGAAGAUACAGUCUCAGAAUGGUCCGGCAUUUCUUACAGUUUUAACAUUUGCAUGCGAAGCCUUAAUAGCGUGUGCAAGACAACUCGAUAUAAUGGAUGAAGAAUGCGGCGAUGGAACGUAUGGAACCAUCCUCGCGCGUAGUGCCAAUGCCAUAAAAUUAGCAAUCAAGGAAGGGAGAAUUUCAGCAACGAAACCCUCUAUAACAUUUAUACAAAUCAGCCACAUUAUUGAAAAAGACAUGGGUGGCUUAGAAGGUGGAAUGUACUCGUUAUUUUUUGAUACUGCUGCUAAAAGUUUUCUCAAGUUUCGAAAUGACGAGCAAAUGACUGCCAAUAUGUGGUUAACUGCUUUAACAUCUGCAAACAAAAUGAUGUCUGAGUUUAGUGGAACGUCACGUGGUGAUCGAACUAUGUUGGAUGCUUUGAUACCUGCGGAAAAUAAACUGAGAGACGCAUUAAAUUCUGGUUCAAGUCCUGUCAGUGCAUUUGGAGAAGCUGUCAAAGCCGCCGAAACAUUUGCUAUGCAAACUGUGCAUAUGUCAGGAUCUUUCUCUAUAUUCAAAUAUCCAGAUCCUGGAGCACAUGCUGUGGGUAUAUGGAUGAGAGCUGCUUAUGAAGGUGAUGGACAAGAUGAGUGCGAGGGCUGUCAGAGCAUUGGGAAUGUCAAGUAUUUAAGUAACGAGCAUGAAACAAGAACAUCUUUUUUGUCUGCUCAACAAUCAUUAAUGCAAGAUAUUGGAAACCUGCUAAAGCAUGCUUGCGUUAGGAGUCUAAGCUGCGAGGUGCACCCUGGUAAGGAAGGUGUGUGCUACUUUGGAGAUGAGUACAGAGGGCAUGUUUUAAGUCAUACUUUUACAUUGAAAGAUGCCCAGGCAAGAGGAUUUAGAAGAUGGUGCAGUUUUAUUGUUUUCAUGAGAGACAAACAAUUCUUGUUGAACAUGUGGCCAUUUUUGAUUGACAAUUUAAGGGAGGUAAUUAGAGAAUUGCAAGAUUUUUCGGAGAAAAGAUAUAAUGCGGAAGAAGCGGAAUGUCCGCAAAGAGCAAUGAGAUUGACGACGGCGAACAACGGGAUGGGUUGCCACAGUACUUCUAUUAAACAGUCUAGAACACUUGGCGAUAUAACAAAUGAAAAGCAUGUUUUUGUAAGAAUUCACAUGUGGUUAGUAUGGAUCCUGAGUGCUGGGGCGAGGCACUUUAUAGAAAUUUUCCCAAUGAAUUUAUUAGAUGACGAACUUAAUUAUAAUUUCGAGCAUCAAAUUGAAACUGAAGAAGGUUUUACUUUAGUGAACGCAAAAUUGCCAGUGAACUUUAAUUUUAAUUGGGACGACUCUGAGCUUUUGUCAGAAUUUUCUGAAAUCGCAGAAAAAUCUACCGCUGUAAUUUUACGAAACCUGAAACGAGUACUAGGGAAAGAUCAGUUUAGACAAUUGCUGUAUUCCUGUUUAACUGGUGUUCAAGUCUUGGUGAGAGGUCCAAAGAUUCAAAGAUUGGAAUCUUUGUAUGGACUUAGCAGUCUUGUACCAAGAGCGUGUCGACGGGUAAAAACACAAACACUGGAAUACAUGGAUCCGGAUACAUGUAACUUUAUCGGUGUAGACACCUCGGUAGCAGUUCCUUUACCUUGUGCGAGUGUAUGCAGGCUAGACAUAAUACUCAACGAACACAAAGUUGGGAAUGCAAAAUCCCAUAUAGUUAAAUGGGCUGGUACUUUACCAACAAAACUUCCGACUUUACUAAUAAAGAUUGAAAAAUCACUUGAUAAUGAAAAACUUGGAAAUUCAGUUCUCAAAGCACACUUUACGACUCUUCAGGAAGAAUGGGCUAACAUUGCAAAAGUUGUUCACGCGAUGCGUGGACGAGGCCAUCGUGGCGAUCUCUCUGGACUAAUGCUCAGUUUGGGCGCUGGACCUCAGGACAAAAAGUUGCUGGACGCAUGGUCUAUGGGAUUACCAUCUAAUCCAGCAUAGUUUCUAAAGAUUAAUUCGUUUUAUUGCACACGUAUAGUAUAUCGUUGGAUGUAAUAUUUAUUGCAAAUUACGUGUAUAUAUAUUAUUCCGAUUCCUCGCGUUUGUACGAGAGGAGCGUUUACUGUGUGUUCAAGGUUGUGUCUUUUUUUUUAUUUAUAAUUCAGUCAAAAAUAAAGACGAGAGCUGUGUA